GUUCGGGGGGACUCGUGACCCGCUCUUCUGUGUCGGUUUAACUCAUUCGAAGCUCGUGUUAGCUGAGGUUUCGUUCCUUCUUCUGAUUGCGAGUUCGGCUGUUUUCCUUGAGCGAGUGCGUGGACCGCGAUUCAAACUGGAUUACACAACUAAACCUCAUCCGCCAUCAACGGCGAUGAACGACCUAAGCGACGAGGGAGGAGAGACUUCCUGGCGACAGUACUGUGAACACCCGCUCACUGCCGCCACCACUGCCAUGUUGAACAUCCACGGGGCAGAAGAACAGCAGCACGUCACGCUUUUGGACUACUACAAGCCAGAUGGGUCUGGGGUUGGGAGCCCGGUGGUGGGCGGCGCGUUGGACUGCAAAAUGACAAACGGGGUGUCCGAGGGCGUGCCGGGGGCGGUGCCCGUGGAAGGGCUCCUGUUUGUGGGCGGCACGGAGAGCGUCAAGCGGGAGCCAGAGGACCUGACCCGCCGAGCCAACAGUCCUGCCGACCGCGGCGUACUGUGCGAUAGACGCCGACCGCUCCUGCCUCCGCCACCGCCCGACGGAGACUCCCCGCCAGCGCUCGACGUCCCGUCCGCCCUCAAGGACGACCUUGACCACCACGUGAUAAAGGAGGAGCUGGAACACAGCAGCCUCAAGGUGGAGUCGGGGGAUCGCCCUCGCGCCAACCACACGCUCGUCAUCCAGGCGCCGCAGGACUCGGCCGACAAGAUGAGUGCCGGCACGGGCAGCUACAUCGGGGGCUUCUCCGCCUCCUCGCCACAGUCGUACGAGCACGUGUCGCCGUACCUGUCGCCCUCGCCGCAGCCGUACACCACCAGCACGUCGCCCGUCGUGCGGGGCUCGUCCGCCGUGCACACAGUCUCGGACAACUACUACCGCGACUACUACUCCCCGAUCGAGACCCAGUACAGUGUGCGCCAGGAAUACAGUCCCGCGGACACGGGCUUCGCGGACCGCUACCCGCGGCCGGCUUAUAAGGCCAAUGGGGUCUCGAACACCCUCACCGUCGACCUGCCGUCACCCGCUGACUCGGGCAUCUCCGCCGACGCCGUCACACCCAGGGAUCAGCCAGCCAUCACUCAGACCUUCGGAUAUGAAGAGAUGGUCCAACCGAGCUCCAUCUUGGGCACUGAUCUCCGGGCACCAGCUGGCACCUCCCCCAACUCCCAGAGGCCGGCUAGGUCUUGGCACGAUUUCCCCAGGCACACGGAGGCCGACAAAAUCCAGAUACCCAAGAUACACACCGAAGAUGACAAGAUCCACAUUCCCAAGACAUUCAGUCAAUAUGGUUUUAAAUACCACCUCGAAACGCCCAUUUCCACCUCACAACGAAGGGAAGACGACCGCAUAACGUACAUCAACAAGGGACAGUUCUAUGGCAUCACGAUGGAAUAUAUACCAGACCCGGAGAAGCCGCUCAAGUCAGGGACAGUGAAGAGCGUAGUGAUGCUGAUGUUCCGAGAGGAAAAAACUCCCGAAGAUGAGAUCAAAGCCUGGCAGUUUUGGCACAGUCGACAGCAUUCAGUCAAGCAGAGAAUCUUAGAUGUUGACACAAAGAACAGCGUAGGGCUCGUCGGAUGCAUAGAGGAGAUCUCCCACAACGCCAUCGUCGUGUACUGGAACCCCCUCGAGGCCGGAGCAAAGAUUAGUGUCGCUAUUCAGUGUCUAAGCACGGACUUCAGUAGCCAAAAGGGCGUCAAGGGUCCACCGCUGCACAUACAGGUGGACACGUACGCUGUGCUCUCUCCCUCUCAACCAACUCACCACUACCAUGCUCUACAUAACCAGGGUCUGCCACUCCACAUCCAGGUGGACACGUACGAAGACCCCCGAGAUGCGGCCACCCUUGUACACCGAGGGUACUGCCAGAUCAAGGUUUUCUGCGACAAGGGCGCCGAGAGGAAGACGCGAGACGAGGAGAGGCGAGCCGCCAAGAGAAGAAUGGCCGCCACGACCCGAAAGAAAUACGAGGACCUGUACCACCAGCCGUGCGACCGCUCCGAGUUCUAUUCCAUGUCGGAUCUCACGAAGCCGCCCGUGCUCUUCACGCCCGCGGAGGACAUCGAUAAGAUGUCAAUGGAACUACAAGGUUUCUACGGACACGACACAGAGAAUGGAGACGGGCGUAAGGAGCUGACAGCCGGUCUUCCCAACGGAUCCCUCGACAGCCCAAUGGCCGACGUCUUCUCCCACGUAUCCAAGAGGUCCAGACUCACGCCCCCCCUCACAGAGCGACUCAUGCUGUACGUGAAGCAGGACGGAGAGGAGUACUACACGCCCCUCCAUCUCGUGCCGCCCUCGACGGUGGGGCUCCUGUCGGCGAUCGAGGAAAAGUACAAAAUCCCCAUGCAGAGUAUCAAAAAUGUCUACCGGAAAAAUAAAGUCGGCGUGAUGGCCAAAGUGGACGACGAGAUGCUUCGCCACUACUGCAACGAGGACAUCUUCCAAAUGGAGGUGCAGCACCGCGACGCCGAGAGCUACGACCUCACCCUCACCGAACUCACGCAGGUGGACCACUGAGGACCCGCGCGCCAGCCUCUGUCUCCCCGCCCCCCCCCCCCUCUCUCUCUCUCUCCCCCUCCACAAGUCCCCCACACUGUCAUUCACGAGUGCACCAUCUGUCAUUGCCUCCUCGAUGAUGACAGCAUCUUCGUCGCGGGAUUUAGAUGGAAAAGGGAGAAAAGGAGGAAGGAAGGAAGGAAGGAAGGAAGGAAGGAAGGAAGGAAGGAAGGAAAAGACUGAGGACUGGAUGGCGGUGGUUGUGAAGGAUGGAGGCCGAUGGAGAGAAAGGAUCCUGGUCUGGAGAGGAUUUCGGCGGAGCGGAAGGAAGGAAGGAUAUUGACAGGGUCUUUUUUUUCUAUUUCCUUUUCUCCUCGGAGGAAUUCGCUUCGCGCUCUUGUUCUCCUUUCCCUUCUAGCUUGUAUUCCCUUAUCCACUUCUUCCUCCUUUGAUUCCCUCUCCUCUUCCUCCUCUUCCCC